UUUAAUUUGAUGGGUUUGGGUUUAAAUAAAUUAGGCGUUUAGGUAUCAUUCGAAGAACAGAAUAGAUGUUACGUUCCUUUUCAUCUUCACUUGACAAAGUUUCUCUUUUCAUGGCAUCGGAAAAACCUCAACGUCUUCAUCAAAUUGCAGGAACCAACUUCCACAACACAACAAAGAGGGCAAAAACCAUGGCCACUUCCACUGCAACAAUGUCCACUAUGAAGGAUCCUUUUACCAAAUAUGUUGAAUAUCUUAAUAACCUUAAUGAUAAGCGAGAAAGAGUGGUCAAAGCGAGUCGAGAUAUAACAAUGAAUAGCAAAAAGGUCAUAUUUCAAGUUCACAGGAUGAGUAAAUACAAUAAAGUGGAAGUACUUGAGAAAGCAGAAAAGGACUUAGCAGCUGUGACAAAUCAGUUCGUGUCUCGACUAGUCAAAGAAUUGCAGGGAACUGAUUUUUGGAAGCUAAGACGAGCCUACUCGCCUGGGAUACAGGAGUAUGUCGAAGCAGCUACAUUCUGCAGUUUCUGUAAAAAUGGAACUCUUUUGACGCUUUAUGAAAUAAAUAACACAUUGUUACCACUUAGCGAUCCUUCUCUUCAACCUCUGCAGAUAAACAUCCUUGACUAUCUUUUAGGGCUUGCAGAUUUGACCGGCGAGCUCAUGCGAUUGGCUAUUGGUAGGAUAUCAGACGGUGAACUUGAAUUUGCUGAGAAAAUAUGCAGUUUUGCACGUGAUAUAUAUAGGGAGCUUACACUCGUCGUGCCACAUAUGGAUGAUAGUUCUGAUGUGAAAACAAAGAUGGAUACGAUGCUUCAAAGUGUCAUGAAAAUCGAGAAUGCUUGCUUUAGUGUUCAUGUGAGGGGGUCAGAGUAUAUUCCACUUUUGGGAUCAAAUGAUCCAAGUUCAUUCUUAGUAGGAGUUCAAGAUAUUGAACUAUGAGGUUUAUCUAUUGGAAACAUAAUGAACGCUAUACUGAUGAGUGAUAUUUACAGUGAUUCGUAGCGAAGACGAAAUGUAUGGUUGUUUGUCAUUUUAUUUUAAUCGUUGAACAUUUCACUUAAUGUUAUUAGGCUUGUUUUCUUAGUUUUCUCUUAGAUUCAAGAAACUUUGGCAUAAAAAUAGAAUUAUGCUACCAUAUGAAUAUUUUGGUUUUGAAAUGUAGGUAGUUUUAAUUGGAUAAACCAUGAAUUGUCCACAUCUUACAUUUAUUUUACUGUGAUAUAUUGUGUAACUGAUGUAGAAGGCUAAUUCCAGAAUGGACCAACUUUAUAGGUGGACCAAUCAUGAAUGAUAAUAACCUUUAUAAAGUAUCUUUUUCUUUCA